AUGGCGACCAGUUCGAACACUCUGCCUCAAGGGUUCUCCGUUUACCAGCCUGCUCUUGGCGCCCAGCUCCAGUUCUUCCCUGCUAUCGGAACCCGUGAACUUGACGAGCUUGUGAACGCUUAUAUCCCAGGCCCUGCUUCAACCCAAGAGAAGCGUGCAACUAUCUCUCUCAACUACCUGGAGUAUGCACACCUGACUGGACAGACUUACAAGUUCUACCCUGUUUACACUCUUUCUGCUUCUGUCGAGUCUCCUCUUGGAGCCAGCCCUCUCCAGGACUCUGGCUAUGGAUCUUUCAACACGAGCCCUGUCACAUCCAACUGGGACUGGACCCAUGUGAACACUGCUUCUUCCCGCCGCUCAUCUCCCAAGUCCACUGCUAGCCAACAGCCCACCGACUUUUCUAACCUGCCUGGAAUGAAGAUCAUGACCAAGGACGGUCGCGAUGUGACAAACUCCGCGUCCCGAGGUUCCAAGACCAAGGAGCAGCGAGACCACGCACACCUCAUGCGAAUCAUCAAGGCUUGCGAGAGCUGCAAGAAGAAGAAGAUCCGCUGCGAUCCGAGCCACAAGAAGCGCGGUGUUUCCAGCACAGCGGCCCAGCCUGCCAAGGUCACCAAGAAGACGAAGACAUUGAUUCCCGAGAUCAAGGCUCCUGCCGCUGCCCCCAGCGCUUUUGCUGGCCAGGUGGCAGUCCCUGAGCUCGAGUUCUCCACAAACCCCGAGACUCUUUCUGCUUCAGGUGGAUCAGAAAGCGAUAUGUGGGAGCAGUUCAUUCAAUACCCCGCUGUCGAUGAUAGCUACGACUUCUUCAACGACCCUGAGGGCUACUUCUCCCCCCAAUCCUCCUCCUCUUUAUCCGAGUAUUCUGCAAAGCUUGCUACUCCGACAACAGACGAAGACAUUCUUCGCCGCCCUCGUGGCGCGACCGAUGUAGAGAUUGCAGAACUGGGCGAUUCCGCGGCGUAUCUGCCAUUCAACCAGGUCGAUGCCAAUCACGACUAUGUGGACUUCAACCUUUACUCUCCCGAAUCGUCUUUCUCGGAAGAUGAGCGCAUGGUCCCGAUUCAAGUCUCUAAGCAGUCGGUUAGUCAGCCGAGAUCGCCAGCACCGAACCCGCUACUACCACGGGACUCAAGUGGCUUGAGUAGCCCUGGCGACGAGUAUGGCGAUGGCCAACUUACCGACAACCUCUACGGAGAGCAGCUUGUGCCUGGUUCUUCAGCGCCUCAGCAUCUCGCUACUCAUGAUCAGCUUGGCCAACAAGACGUCUAUCGCGACCCGACAGCUGAUUUGGAGCACCUUACCGCCGUUGCGCCAACAUCUAGUCUCAGCUCGGACCUUCUGAGCAUGACUGAUUCAUCACUGCACUACUCGCCAGUUGUUGUACCCAGCACACGGUCUUCCGUGGAAACCCUGGUAUCUACGAAUAGUAACGUACGUAUCUCAUUGGUCCUUUCAUCUCUUUUAGAGCGGCAACUAACUUGGGAAAAGGUGACAAUCAGUCGCGAUAUUAUCGAGGCCCGCGGAGUGACAACAACAGGAUCAUCAGAUCUCCGAUUAGCAGAAAAUGCAACGACCCAUUCUCCCUCUCAACCAAUCGAGAUUACGGCUACACAACAGAACUCUCGUUCAUCAGCGGCAGUGGCUGCACAACCGGAAUCUCAGUUGACCGAGAUUACGUCCGCUCUGCCAGCACACCGAUCAAUGGAGACUCUGUCUACAAGCAGACUACCAGCUUAUCACACUGUCGAUGCUCAAGAUGCACUCGACCAAAUGGAUUUGCGCGAUGUAGAGAUUCACAAUGUGGCGGCAGAUAUAUCCCAAGCUUCUCCCAUGGCCGUUGCGGGUCUUCAUGCAUCACGCAAUCUGACAUCGACGGCUCGCCAACCCGAGUUAGAGUCCAUCGCAGCCUUUGCAGCGAUGUUGAUCGCUCCGACCGUUUGGUCCUAUGCCUUCCAGCUUCUUGCCAACAUUGGCGACUGCUCUGAGCAAUGGAGACGUUCUUCUGUUCAAACCCAGAGGAAGAUCGACCAUUUCACAUCGAACCUUGGAAUGAUCACCACCAAGCUACGGAAUACGACAUUGGGCGGCAAGACACCAGUCAGUCGGAUGUGUUCGAUGAGGGCAAGCCUUAUUACUGUGUAG